CAACAUUCUUGCAAGCAACCGUCCACUUUUUCAACGUAAUUCUUGUCAUACAUCAGACCAACCACAAGCCAAUCGGUCUACAUCAACAGGUCAACAUGGCUACCAAAUCGUGGGAGGAGCGGGUCGCGGACAAGAAGAGCCGCCUGGACAAGACCAUUCCGGCGGAAUGGCGAAUCAACACCCAGCCGACCGGCAACUCUUUCAUGUCCAUUCCCAAGGAGAGCGGGAUCCUGAGCGAUGAUGAGCUUGCCAUCACAGAGUCCAACGCGACCGACCUCGUCCGUAAGCUGGCUGACGGACAGCUCACCUCUGUCGCGGUGACGACCGCCUUCUGCAAGAGGGCCGCUCUGGCACAACAACUGCUCAAUUGCAACCUCGAAUUCUUCCCCGACAUGGCCCUCGCCCAGGCAAAGAGCCUCGAUGACUACUACGCCCAGCACAAGAAGCCGAUUGGGCCGCUCCACGGCCUACCCAUCUCACUCAAAGAUCAGCUUCGCAUCAAGGGCCUCGAAUGCACCAUGGGCUACGUCGCCUGGAUCGGCAAGUUCGACACGGAGGACUCGGUGCUCGUCGCGCUUCUGCGCAAGGCCGGCGCCGUAUUCUACGUCAAGACGAGCGUCCCGCAGAGCCUAAUGGUCUGCGAGACUCUCAACAACAUCAUUGGCAGGACGGUCAACCCGCGCAACAAGAACUGGUCGUGUGGAGGCAGCUCAGGCGGCGAGGGGGCCAUCGUGGGGUUCCGGGGGGGUGUCAUUGGUGUAGGCACCGAUAUUGGCGGCUCCAUUCGUGUCCCUUCGGCUUUCAACAACCUUUUCGGCCUGCGUCCAAGCCAUGGCCGCCUGCCGUAUGCCGAGAUGGCGAACAGCAUGGAGGGACAAGAGACGAUCCACAGCGUGUGCGGGCCAAUGUGUCACACUAUCGACGAUCUUCGACUAUUCACGACCUCGGUCCUGGCGCAACUGCCAUGGCAGUACGACGCCAAGGUCAUUCCCAUGCCCUGGCGGCCGGCCGAGGAGGAGAGCAUCCGGCGCAAAGUAGCCUCUGGCGGCCUGACCCUAGGCUUCUACUCCUGCGACGGAAAUGUUCUGCCUCACCCUCCUAUCCUGCGAGCCGUAGACACGGUGGUCACCAAGGCCAAGGAAGCCGGUCAUACCGUUGUAUCGUGGGAGCCUUACAAGCACCCAUAUGCAGUCGAUCUCGCCAACAGAAUUUACGCCGCCGACGGUGGCUCCGACGUAUUCACCACACUCAAGGAGUCCGGCGAGCCUGCCAUCCCCAACUUCAGCGACCUCAUCAACCCGACCCUGCCCAAGCUUGACAUCAACCGCACUUGGGACGCCAACCUUGAGAAGUGGCGCUAUCAGAACGAGUACCUGGCGAAAUUGCGCGGGCUAGAAGAGAAGCUUGGCCGCGAGGUUGAUGCCAUUAUCGCGCCCAUCACGCCCACUGCCGCUGUCCGCCACAACCGCUUCAAAUACUACGGCUAUGCCACCGCCAUCAACGUGCUCGACUUUACGAGCGUCGUGGUGCCUGUCACCUUUGCCGACAAGAAUGUGGACCUAAAGAAUGCCUCGUUUGAACCGCUUACGGAGAUGGACAGGAUCGUCCAAGCAGAGUAUGAUGCGGAGGCGUACGACGGCGCGCCUGUCGCAGUCCAGAUUAUCGGGCGGAGGUUGACAGAGGAGAAGACCAUCGCAAUUGCCGAGGAGCUGGCCAAGUUGCUGGGUACGAGCAAAUCCUGAAGGAUGCGGCAUUGUAUAUCAGUGUCGUGAGUGAUCUAGUUGUAG